AUGGCAUCCACCGCUGCAGGCACAUCAAAGAACGCGCACGGGCCUCUCCGCGACAGGGCCGCAGAGCGCACAGAGGCGGAGUGGGAGACCAUCUAUGCGGCCCGCAAGGCCCGUAAGGAGAAGCACCGUGCCCGUGCUGCUGGCGUGAUCGAUCGGCGCAACCCACGCUGCCGCCGCUACUGGAUGGUCCUCUCCUACGAGGGCGGCGGCUUCCACGGCUGGCAGAAGCAGGAGCUGGCUGACGGCCCGCUGAGGACUGUCGAGGGCGUGCUGGAGGAGCGGCUGCGGCCGGUGCUCGCGCAGCGGGUCAAGUUUUGGCCGGCGGGCCGCACCGAUGCCGGCGUCUCGGCGCGCGGGCAGGUGGCGCAGUUCGACGCCGUCCUGCCCGAGUCGACGGCGCUGACUGCUCUCACCGGCGCCGUCAACGCGGCCUUGCCUCCCGACGUGCGCUGCCUGUCGCUUGCGCUGGCGCGCGGCGAAAUGGGCUCGUCGCCAAUCGCGGCUGCGCGCAAGGGCUCGUCGACGAGCGCGUGCCUGUGGAAGCGAUAUGUGUACCGCGUGGAAGGCGAGCCUGCUGCGGUGCUCGCCGCCUGCCGGAGGGUCUGCCAAGAGGCGCGAGGCAGCGGCGAGGGCGGCGUGGGGGAGGACAGGGCCGGUGGCGGCGAGGGAGGGUGCGGGACCGUCGACGUCGAGGCGAUGCGUCGCGCAGGCGCGUUGCUCGAGGGGAGGCGCGACUUUGCAUCCUUCCAGAGCAAAGGCGGCCGCAGCACCACGGUGCGCACGCUGCACCGCUGCGACGUGCGCUGGUGCGAGGGCGAGGGGCUCGCCAUCACCCUCGAGGGAGACGGUUUCCUGUACAACAUGGCGAGGAUCGUCGCGGGCACGCUCCUGCAGGCCGCCGCCAACAACCCCUCCUCCUCACAGAGACACACCGCACAGCCGCCCCCGCUCGCGCCAUCUUGCCGCCACUCGGGACUCGACUCCGCGCAGGUCGGCGUCGGGUGCAGGAGCGCGAGCAGCGUCGAGCAAUACGAGCGGCCGUGGGGCGGGGAGCGCGGGGCCAGUCGAGAGGAGGCGGCUGGGCAAGACGACGUCGUCGUCGACGAGGCGUCCUGA